GAUGCCAGCCGCGGCUAAACGCGGCAAUCGUCGCUCCUGUUUCUCCGCAACUUGAAUCCGGGGUCCAUUUGCUCUUCACGAUUCCCCACGCCUAUUGUAUCCGUCGCUUUUUCUCCUUCAAUCACCCGAUUACUCUCGUCUAAUUCCUUUCAUAAAGGCUCGGACAAGACCAUGAGAUAGCACAGUGCUGGUGUAUCACGGUGUCACUUCAUCCUCUGCUCUCCCUAGAUUGUCCCCGCAAUGCGUGCACCGUCCCCGCUUCUGCGGAGCUUGAGCUCCAAAACAUCAUUAUCUUUACCUUACUCGCGACGGCUUCUCACAUCGCGUUUCCCUAUUACAGUCUCCUCCAAGACAUCUCUAAGAUCAGUUGCGAGCUAUACGCACCCGCAUCAUGCCUCCGCUAUAUCGGUGCUGCCCACUGCCGUGGACACGUCCUCGCCUGACUUCAAGGAGAAUGAGGAACAGAUGAAGGAGCUUGUAGAUCGGAUGGCCAAGCUACAUAACACUAUUUCGCAAGGCGGGCCACAAAAAGCGAAAGACAAGCACAUUGCCAGAGGCAAAAUGCUCCCUCGAGAUCGAGUGACAGCCCUCAUCGAUCCCGGCACAUCGUUCCUAGAGCUUUCCCCGCUGGCCGGCCACGAGGUGUAUCCGGGCGAAGACGUUCCCGCUGGUGGCAUUAUCACAGGAAUUGGAACAGUCGAAGGUGUAACAUGUAUGAUCGUGGCCAAUGAUAGCACCGUCAAGGGAGGCACGUACUAUCCCAUCACCGUGAAGAAGCAUCUUCGGGCGCAGGCAAUUGCCCAAGAGAACAACCUCCCCUGCCUUUAUCUCGUGGAUUCCGGUGGUGCCAACCUCCCACAUCAAGCGGACGUGUUCCCGGACAAGGAGCACUUCGGCCGCAUCUUCUUCAACCAAGCUAGAAUGAGCUCCAUGGGCAUCCCCCAGAUCUCGGUGGUCAUGGGCCCCUGCACAGCCGGGGGCGCCUACGUUCCCGCCAUGAGCGACGAGACCAUCAUCGUCGAGAAGCAAGGCACCAUCUUCCUCGCCGGCCCCCCUCUCGUAAAAGCCGCCACGGGCGAAGAAGUCUCAGCCGAAGACCUGGGCGGCGGUCACCUCCACAGCACAAUCUCCGGCGUAACAGACUACCUCGCCGUGGACGAUGCCCACGCCCUCAUUCUCGCCCGCCGGUCUAUCGCUAACCUCAACUACCCCAAAACCAGCGUCCCCCUCCAACUCGACGACUCCACCAUCAAAGAACCCCUCUACAACCCAGAGGAACUAAACGGCAUCGUGGGCACCAACCUCCGCCGCCAGAUCCCCGUCCACGAAGUCAUUGCCCGCAUCGUCGAUGGCAGCGAAUUCGCCGAAUUCAAACGCGACUACGGCUCCACCCUCGUCACGGGCUUCGCGCGCAUCUACGGCCACCAGGUCGGCAUCGUUGCCAACAACGGCAUCCUCUUCUCCGAGUCCUCGCUAAAGGGUGCCCACUUCAUCGAGCUCUGCGCCCAGCGCAAAAUCCCCCUCCUCUUCCUCCAAAACAUCUCCGGCUUCAUGGUCGGCGCCGACGCCGAAAAGGGCGGCAUCGCCAAAAACGGCGCAAAGCUCGUAACAGCAGUCGCCUGCGCCGAUGUCCCUAAAUUCACCGUCGUCUUCGGCUCCAGCGCCGGCGCAGGCAAUUAUGGCAUGUGCGGCCGUGCCUAUUCCCCUCGCCUAAUGUUCAUGUGGCCCAACGCCAAAAUCGGCGUCAUGGGGUCGGAGCAACUCUCCUCUGUCAUGGAAGCAGUCGGCCGAACCGCCGACCCAGCCCUUAAAUCCCGUAUCGACCGGGAAUCCGAGGCGACUUUCUCGUCCGCGCGACUCUGGGACGACGGGGUGAUCCCGCCUGCGCAAACGAGACGGGUGCUCGGAUUGAGUUUGGCGGCUGCGUUAGGUGGAAAGGUUGAUAAGGACGUGCAGACACGGUUUGGAGUUUUCCGGAUGUAGCGCAGUUCUGUCAUUCCUUUUCUUGUUCCUUUGUUUUUGUUACUGGGCUGUGUGGGAAAAGAGCUGUCAACGUGUUUAAAUUAGGCAUAGUUUAAAGAUAGGUUAUAUAUAUUCUGUAAGUUGAUGUUAGAAAUGGAGGUCAUAGUUUAUGUUAUGUCAUCUGGCGAAUGUUCGCCA